AGGGCGGGGCGGCGGGGUUGCGACUUGCGAGCCGAGGAGUCCAGCGAAAGAAGUUGGCAGUUGGAGGAGAGGCAGCCGCCGCCGCCAUGGCUUUGCUCAGAGGAGUAUUCAUCGUUUCUGCCAAGAGGACUCCAUUUGGGGCUUUUGGCGGCCUGCUCAAGGACUUCACUGCCACAGACCUCGCAGAGAUUGCGGCCCGAUCAGCCUUGUCUGCUGGCAAAGUGCCUCCAGAAAUCAUUGACAGCGUGAUUGUGGGCAACGUCAUGCAGAGUUCUGCAGACGCUGCUUACAUUGCACGACAUGUUGGUUUACGUGUUGGAGUGCCAAUCCCAACUCCUGCCUUAACCAUCAAUAGAUUGUGUGGAUCAGGCUUCCAGUCUAUUGUUAAUGGAUGUCAGGAAAUUAGCCUUAAAGAAUCAGAAGUGGUGCUAUGUGGUGGAACAGAAAGCAUGAGCCAGAUGCCUUAUGCAGUUCGAAAUAUCCGUUUUGGAACGAAACUAGGAGUUGAUCUCAAGCUGGAAGACACAUUGUGGGCAGGCCUAACCGAUCUACAUAUCCAGACCCCUAUGGGUGUCACAGCUGAAAAUCUUGCUGCAAAGUAUAACAUUACAAGGGAAGAAUGUGACCGUUAUGCCUUGAAGACACAACAGAGGUGGAAAGCUGCUCACGAAGCAGGACAUUUUAAGGCUGAGAUGGCACCCAUUGAAGUGAAAGUUAAGAAAGGCAAACAGAGCAUGGAACAGGAUGAACACCCCCGGCCUGAGGCAACGUUGGAGCAGUUGGGGAAGCUCCCUGCAGUCUUCAAGAAGGAUGGCACUGUCACAGCAGGAAAUGCCUCGGGUGUGUGUGAUGGGGCAGGAGCACUGAUCGUAGCAAGCGAAGAUGCCGUAAAAAAGCACAACCUUACUCCCUUGGCUAGAAUUGUUAGUUAUCACUCAGCUGGAUGUGACCCUCACAUCAUGGGCAUUGGUCCUGUGCCUGCUGUUACUGAAGCACUGAAGAAAGCUGGCCUUUCUCUGAAGGACAUGGAUUUAGUUGAGGUUAAUGAAGCAUUUGCUCCACAGUACUUAUCAGUAGAAAAGGUUCUGGGUCUGGACCCAGAGAAGACCAACGUCAAUGGAGGAGCCAUCGCUUUAGGUCACCCUCUAGCUGCUUCGGGCUCCAGGAUCACCGCUCAUCUGGUUCAUGAACUAAGGCGCCGUAGAGGUAAAUAUGCUGUCGGCUCUGCUUGCAUUGGAGGUGGCCAAGGCAUAGCUGUCAUCAUUCAGAAUACUGCCUGAAGGACAACCUAGAGUCUGCAGUGAUUUAACACUGCAUCCUCUGCCGACUGUUACACAAUCAAUUGAAGAAAUUAAAGAGACCAUUAUAAUUCUACUUUUGUGCACAGACUGGUAGUAAUCAUCUAGCAAAGUGAAGCCCUGUGCUAAAAUCUGUUUUUUAGAGAAAGUAACAAGAUAACCUUUAACUUGAUUGUGUGGAUCUAGCCAUAAUUUUUAUUGAUCCAUUACCUCCCACAGAAUUCAAUUUAGAUUUUUCUAAUAGAAAUGUUCUUGGAUAAAUAUUUGGCAGCCAACAAUUAGAGCAAAACGAACCUACAGCUUGAUAUUCUUAUCAGUAUUUCUUCCCAGGCUGGUUUCUGUGCUCAGUUAAUAUAAUUUGAUGAGGAGUUCAGCACUGGCAUAAAGGACAUGGUUGGGUCUGAUUUUAGCUUGAAGAACUUUGCUGUUAAACAAUAGGAACGAAGUCUGACAAAAAUCAGUGUGCCUCUCUAAAAAAAUAAAAUGAUACUGAAUUAAUCCAAA